AUGGGAGCCCAGAAUCCACCGGGGGGAUUCGACGAAUCCGCCAUUGUCACCGCCCCCGUAGCAACGACCACUGUCGUUGUUCCUGCUGUCGUCGCAGACGCUAUUGUUUCUAAUGCUGCUUCCGCUGUUGUCGUUCGUGCUAUUGGUGUUACUGAUUCUGUUGCUGAUGGUGGUGGUGAUGAUUGCGGUGGUGAUGGCGAUUGUGGUGGUGGUGAUGAUUGUGGUGGUACUGGUGGUGGUGAUGAUUGUGGCGGUGCUGUUGGUGGUGUCGGCGGCGACGGAGGCGCGGAGGAUGAAGAAUCUGGGGCCGAAAGAGGUGGUGUACACGGGUCUCCGAGGGAGACACCAUUUAACGCCUCUGUUUUUCUACUGUAA